CUUUCCUCUUCUUUCUAUCAGAAUCAUGGCAAUAAAAGGUCCUAUAUAUUGGGCUGUUGUGCCAUUCACAAUUAUUACAGUAUUUACUAUUUCUAAAGCUGGUAAUAAACCAUCCCCAUCACAGCAUCCUAUACGAUUUAUACCAUCAGGAGAACCUCAAUUUGAUUCAGCAAAUAUGGAUAGAAUUCGUGCUGACUGGCAUUUAAAAAAUAAUGGAAUUGGAUUACGAGAUGUUAGUCGAAGUGGAGGAGGUGUUUAAAUUGUAUUGUGUCUG